AUGGAGGUAGAGGCAGCGAGACCGAGUGGCAGCGUCAACGAGAGCAGGUGGUUGAAGCUGGGAGUGACGCUUCCCGUCAGGAACAUCCAGGCUCUGGUGGCGUCCACAGGCGAGCUGACGGCCGACACGAUCGAGCGGUACAUCCAGCCCGACAUCGACGCCCUUGCUGUUCUCGACGAGCACUCCGAGGAGGUUCCGGUGAUCGACGUCGGGAAGCUUUUGAGUCCCGAGUCUGUCGAGGCAGAGGCCGUGAAGCUCAAGUUUGCCUGCGCAGAGUGGGGAUUUUUUCAGGUUGUAAAUCAUGGAAUACCAGAUGAGGUCAUCAUGGGUAUGAAGCAUGAUACUCAGAAGUUUUUUCAACUCCCCAUCGAUGUUAAGAAUGUAUAUGCUCAGCGGCAAGGGGAUCUUCAAGGUUAUGGUCAAGCGUUUGUUGUUUCUGAUGAUCAAAAGUUAGAAUGGGCAGACAUGUUUGCUCUAUUCGCACAACCACCCGAAGCCCGUGAUAUGAGUUACUGGCCAUGUGAACCCAAUACUUUCAGAUUUGGCGCGGCUGAUUUCGUUUUGGCUGUAAAAUUUCCGUUCUGGAGGCGGGAUCAAUAG